UUUCUCAUAGGUUUCUGCCUGGGGUGGUUAUGUGUUUAUCAUCAACCUUAUUCCUCUGCAUGUAUUUGUGCUACUAUUGAUGCAGAGAUACAGCAAAAGAGUCUACAUAGCAUAUAGCACUUUCUACAUUGUGGGUUUAAUAUUAUCCAUGCAGAUACCUUUUGUGGGAUUCCAGCCAAUCAGAACAAGUGAACAUAUGGCAGCUGCAGGUGUCUUCGCAUUGCUGCAAGCUUAUGCUUUCUUACAGUAUCUGAGAGACCGAUUAACAAAACAAGAGUUCCAGACACUUUUCUUUUUGGGUGUAUCACUGGCUGCAGGUGCUGUGUUCCUUAGCGUCAUCUAUCUGACUUAUACAGGUUACAUUGCACCAUGGAGUGGCAGAUUUUAUUCAUUAUGGGAUACUGGGUAUGCAAAAAUACACAUUCCAAUUAUUGCAUCAGUAUCUGAACAUCAACCUACAACUUGGGUAUCUUUCUUCUUUGACCUACAUAUUCUUGUAUGUACCUUCCCAGCGGGCUUAUGGUUCUGCAUUAAAAAUAUCAAUGAUGAAAGAGUAUUUGUUGCUCUGUAUGCGAUCAGUGCUGUCUAUUUUGCUGGAGUGAUGGUACGGCUGAUGUUGACUUUGACUCCAGUCGUCUGUAUGCUGUCUGCAAUUGCAUUUUCAAAUGUUUUUGAGCACUAUUUGGGAGAUGACAUGAAAAGGGAAAAUCCACCUGUGGAGGACAGCAGUGAUGAUGAUGACAAAAGAAACCCAGGAAAUUUGUAUGAUAAGGCAGGUAAAGUGAGGAAACAUGUAACUGAACAGGAAAAAACAGAAGAGGGCUUAGGACCUAAUAUAAAAAGCAUUGUUACCAUGUUGAUGCUGAUGCUGUUGAUGAUGUUUGCUGUUCAUUGUACCUGGGUCACAAGCAAUGCCUACUCUAGUCCAAGUGUGGUCCUGGCCUCUUAUAAUCAUGAUGGCACCAGGAAUAUCUUAGAUGAUUUUAGAGAAGCUUACUUCUGGCUGAGGCAAAAUACAGAUGAACAUGCCCGAGUGAUGUCUUGGUGGGAUUAUGGCUAUCAGAUAGCUGGAAUGGCCAAUAGAACUACUUUGGUUGAUAAUAACACCUGGAAUAACAGCCACAUAGCAUUGGUGGGAAAAGCUAUGUCUUCUAAUGAAACAGCAGCCUAUAAAAUCAUGAGGACUCUAGAUGUAGAUUAUGUUUUGGUUAUUUUUGGAGGGGUUAUUGGCUAUUCUGGUGACGAUAUCAACAAAUUUCUCUGGAUGGUUAGGAUAGCUGAAGGGGAGCAUCCAAAAGACAUUCGGGAAGGUGACUAUUUCACCCAACAAGGAGAAUUUCGUGUCGACAAAGCAGGAUCCCCAACUUUGUUGAAUUGCCUUAUGUAUAAAAUGUCAUACUAUAGAUUUGGAGAAAUGCAGCUAGAUUUUCGUACACCUCCAGGUUUUGACCGAACACGUAAUGCUGAGAUUGGAAAUAAGGACAUUAAAUUCAAGCAUUUGGAGGAAGCCUUUACAUCAGAACACUGGCUUGUCAGGAUAUAUAAAGUGAAAGCACCUGAUAACAGGGAAACACUAAAUCACAAACCUCGUGUCACCAACAUUUCCCCCAAACAGAAAUAUUUGUCAAAGAAGACCACCAAAAGGAAGCGUGGCUACAUUAAAAAUAAGCUAGUUUUUAAGAAAGGCAAGAAAAUAUCUAAGAAGACUGUUUAAACACUGUUCUGGCUCCGGACUUGAAGCAGUGUCUUUGUGAGAACCGGUCUUUGCCUUUAGCUCACGUCGUGUUUCACAACUGAGGGUACAGAACUAUAUCAUUGGUCCAGGUUAAUGUGCAAAAUUUUCUGGCAAUGCCUCACUUAAAAAAAUAAAAUUGGCUUAUUGAGAACAACUGUUUUAUCAAUUUGUAGUGUGAAGCAGGACAGAGCACUGCUGUAAACGUCCAGCAGCAGAUUUUUUAUUGGUACAUAUUAUCCUUCAAAUCUGAGAAUUUGGACUAUUUGCACCAAAGAACCCUCUAAUUUGGUCCCUGGCACAUGCAUACUUGUCAUUGUUUUUAUUCUUUUACAGAAGACCUGCAUUUUGUUUGAAUUACCCAAAUAGCAAUAUGUAAAAUACAAAUGACAAAAUGUAAUGAGAGCUUCUUGAACCAGUAAACUAGUACAGGUCUAAGAAAGAGGUAUUAGAAAAGUUAUACUAUAUUUAUUUUCAUGUUUCUCCAGUGCAAAGAAUGUUUCAUCAAAUGUACAUUGUCUAUUGUUUACUGUUGCUUAGGAAGCUGCCUUUUGAAGAUGGACCUCUGAGUAACUAAUUGACUGAACUAGAUUUUUUUGUUGAUACAUGAUUACUGCUAUUAGCAGUUGUUUUUCACCAGGUACUUGUAGAUUUCAUGCAUUAUUCAUUCAAGGGCUAAAUUUAUAUCCUUUGGAAAUCAUGGCAACUGCAGAGAAUGUUGCUCACCAGGAAGAGGCUUGGUACCUUAGUACUGAGAUUAGUACUGUCUACAGGAAAGAUUAAGGAAAACACUCAAAAUGGAUAGGUAUCCAAAGUUCAUUUUCUGUGUGUCUUCAAAAUGACAAAGGAUUUGUAAACUUUGCCUACAUUUUUAUUCAUUUUAUAUCAGUUUCAUUCAUCACAAUGAUUUUAUUCUGUGCUCCAUAUUCUUAAUCUUAAAAACAUUUGAUGAAACUCUUUAGUACUGUACGCAUUUUCUUACUUUUAUUAAAAAUGUGACUAUUGUCAAAAAUGCACUAAAAUAUAAAUGGAGAUUGAACAUGUUCAUUUUCCAGCUUAUAGACAACUUUAUACAGACUUGAAAAUUUUCUCCAGUUUAGUAAAAGUGAAAGAGAAAGGGUUUUUCCUGCCACAGGAUGUAAACUUUUUUUUAUAUAUAUAUAACAAGCAUAACACACCACUGCUUUGAGUGGAAAAGUACAGAAUAGUAUGUACCUUUUAUGAAGAAAAAUGUAAUUACAAUGUUCAGUGAGAAUGUUACUGCUGAUUUUCUUUUUCAAGGUGUAGAAUAUUCUUUGAUUUAUAGAAUUCAUUUUUGACCCAGAUGAUGGUUCUUUUACAGACCAAUAAAAUGGCUGAACAUUUUCACAAAUAAAAGCAUAACUAAAUCUGGAUUUCUGAUACCGUGUCAUUGGGGAUUUUAUUUUACUUUAUUGCUUUAAUUCAAUGCAGAAAAGUUGUUAGCUUAGGAGAAAUAAAAUUACUUCAAAUUUU